UGUUGAUGAGGAUGCGAGGGAGUCACUAAUCACUAUUUGAAUUGAUUGUAAUCAACUUCAUUCACAUUGUAAUCACUAUGAAGGUAACAUUGAUUUUUUUCCUGUUUGGUUUAAUUGUUAACCUUGAUUUAGUUCCAGGUGAGAAAAACAUUAAUGGUGAACCACAAUUGGAUUUAAUUACAGGAACAAUUAAAGGUAAAUCAGUUGACUUUCGUGGAUCUAAAAUCUAUCAGUUUUUAAAUAUUCCGUUUGCUGAACCUCCAAUAAAUGACCUUCGUUUUAAAAAGCCGAUACCAAAGAAACCCUGGAGAGGAGUAAUAGACACCAACCAGUGGGGAUCCUAUUGUAUUCAGAAUCUUUAUCCUGGUUUCAAUAUAAAGUUUGAUGAAGAUUGUCUAGUGUUGAAUGUUUUCGUGACUCAAUCCGCUAUUAGAGAUAAACAACAGGAUGACAAUAGGCGAUUGAGACCCGUUCUGGUUUGGUUUCAUGGCGGUGGCUUUAAUUUUGGUUCAGCAAAUGUGCCUGAGUUUUACGAUGGAACCGUUUUAGCCGCUCUUCAUGAUGUUAUUGUGGUUACUGUUAACUAUCGUCUUGGUCCUUUGGGUUUCUUGUAUCUACCUGAAUCAGAUAUUCCUGGAAACAUGGGUCUUUGGGAUCAAAGGUUAGCAUUACAAUGGGUAAAGGAUAAUAUCAAUUCUUUUGGUGGUGAUUCUGAUAGUGUGACUAUUUUUGGUGAAUCGGCUGGAUCAAUGUCUGUCUCUGCACAUAUUGUAUCUCUACAAUCCAGAGGAUUAUUUAAAAAUGCCAUCAUGCAAAGUGCAUCGAUUUACGAUCUAGAUCGUUGGACAAUCAAAGAUUUAAAUACAAAAUUUUUCAAAGCCAUUGGAUGUCAACCGGGUGUCAAUAUUUCUUCAUGUUUACUAACUUUUAAAAAUUUUGGUAAAUCGCUGAUAAAUUACUAUUCUGAUAGAUAUUUGGCUAAUGUAGAUCCAAAUGAUUCCGAUAAUAUACGAUUAGCUGUUAGUCAAGCUCUAGGAGAUACAAUUCUCACUUGUCCGACUUAUGCUUUCGGUAGAGAUUUGGUUAAUUCUGGAUCAACUAAUGUAUAUGCUUACUAUCAAUCUCAACGACCAUCUCAGUCACUGCUUCCAAUGGCAACGCCAAGUAAAUGGUUACCUGCAAGUCAUGGUGAUUGUAUCCCAAUGGUCUUUGGUCUUCCUCUUUUGAGACCAGAAAAUUACACUAUCGAUGACACAAUAUUGUCCAUGAUCAUGAUGGAUGCUUGGGUUACCUUUGCUCGUGAAGGUAAACCUCCGCCAAUAGGUCAACAGUUAUGGUCGCCUUGGAAUAAUGAUUCUCAUAAGACAAUAACAUUUGAUGCAAAUAAAAUUGGUCAAACUGAAUCUCAACCCAUUGAAUUUUGCUUAAAACAUUGGCCUUUCCCGCUUGAAAGCCAAUAUCCACUAACGUUCGAACCUGGUAAGACAAUUACAAUAUCGAAAGUUAUAGUUUUAACUUUUCAAUUAAUUUAUUUUCUCAUUUUAUUUAACCGGAGCAUUUUCCAAGAUCGACGAUCACGAACGUAGUGACCUUUAACUAUCAGUCUAAAUGAAUCUUACAUCCCGAUGAUAUUGGAUUUGUAGAUAUUUUCUACUUUACUAUGAUUGAUUGGAUAAAAAUUAGCAAAUCAAUGCAUUUAAAUUUUUUGAUUAUUCCACCAAAUGGAUAACAACUCGUAAUUAAAUUAGUUCAAAAAGACUAAGAAUAUCGUCCGAUUAUUGAAUCCAGAUGAU